AUGACCUCCCAAAGAACUCCCAAGCAACAUGCUGACAACCUUCGCCUCCCAAGACCUUCGGCCGCAAACAUCGCCCGUCCCACGGCAGUGGAACCUCGCCACCCCUGUCAGGAGUGGUCCUUGGUGAUUGGCCACGGCCCGGCGACGACCAGCUUCUUAAGACCCUGGCCGAGGAGCCAUUUUUCCAUCACCAGCUUCCACCUUCCAGACCGAGGUGAGCAGAUCCUGAUCUUCGGUGGAGAGGCCUACGACGGACGAGAGCUGACCUUCUACUCAGAUCUCUAUCGCUUGGAGAUGGGCGCUGUGGAGGUGGAUACGCCUUUGCCCUGGGAGUGGCUCGGCAGACGGACAGAAAGCUUGCGGGAGCUUUUUGAAUAGGCAGGGUGGAAUAGCAGCUUCUUCCAAGGAUUGAAAUACAGCUCCUGGGCAAAGCACGGUUGUAUCUUCAGGCAUAAACUGGACCUCAUGACUCAUGAGCGGAACUUUUGUCGUUUUGUGGGUCAAAGCUUCAUUCAAUAUGUUCUAUUGCUAGAUCCGCGACACAUCGCCCUAAGUAGGGUUUCUUGUUUGUUCAUGUUCUGGGGCUGUUGACGUCAGAGCACAAGGAGCUUUGCUUCGUUGAUGUAGCUAAAGCCACUAGCAAUGAUGUGUUCGCAUGGGUAGGGUACCCCCUUUCAGUUCCUAGUGCACGCAUUCCCGGUCAGUGGUUGACCUAGAACGACUUUGUUGAGUGUCCAAAAAUGAAGAUGCGCGCUUCGCAUGCGAAAUCGUCGCGUGGAAGGCAGCGGAAUCCUAGGAUCAGAGGUCUGGAAGAUUCACGACUUCUUCGCACACAUACCCAUGUAUUUUUAGCUUGGUGUUGUUUUGGCGCUGCCGCUUUUGAUGGACAUUUCAGAAGAGUGGAAUCCCAAAUCUUCGUUUCCCAUUGAGCCAGAAGCAUAGUCGUUCUUGGAAAGCAUUGAAAAGGGUUCUCUACUUGUUCGCAAGGGUGUGAGUGUUUGUUACUUGUACGUGUGGGCGGUUCCUUGAACAGAUCGAAAAAGAGGUUAAUUAUUAUAUGUGUCACUGUAGUCCAUUGUUCGGUCUCCGUGGCUCAAGGUCUGGCAACCAAAACAAGAG